CAUAUUCCGACUCACAAAAAUGUUCCUCCUCCAGCGGCGUUGGGCCCCCGCACUCUCCGCCGCCCCUUUCCAUCUCCGCCGCUACAUCCAAUCCGCCGCAGCCGCCCUCCUCGACGACUCGGACUCGGACUCCUCCUUCCCCCGACCCGACCCGAAGUACGACGAGACCAUCCUCGCCGUGCCGCGUCUAACCUCCGGCAAAAGCAUCGCGGCGAAAGAGCGGAAGGCCGGGCGCGUCCCGAGCAUCAUAUUCGAGCAAGAGGACGGCCAGCACGGCGGCAACAAGCGCCUCAUCUCCGUCCGCACCAACCAGAUCCGCAAGCUCCUCAAUCACCUCGGCCGCUCCUUCUUCCUCUCCCGCCUCUUCCACCUCGAGGUCCGCUCCGACUUCGAUGAUGCCGACGGUGACUUCGUCGAGAGAGUCCGUGUCUUGCCGCGCUUGGUUCAACUGCACUCGAGCACCGAUGCACCGCUUAAUGUGACCUUCAUUAGGGCCCCUUCAGAUGCUUUGUUGAAAGUUGAAGUUCCUCUUGUGUUUAUAGGGGAAGAUGUCUCUCCUGGAUUGAAGAAAGGUGCAUAUUUAAAUACAAUCAAGAGGAAAGUAAAGUUCCUUUGUCCAGCGGAUGUAAUUCCUCCGUAUAUUGAAGUGGAUCUGAGUGAGUUGGAUGUUGGCCAAAAGAUAGUAAUGGGCGACCUCAGGGUUCAUCCGACUCUAAAGCUUAUUCAGUCGAAAGAUGAGCCCAUUUGUAAGAUCAUGGGUUCAAGAGUUUCCGAACAACAAAAGAAAACUAAAUAGUUGCUGCAUUUGGAUUUUUGUGCUCAUUAGUACGAGACUCUACUGCCUCCAGCUCCUUCUCGGUUUAUUGUUGACAUGUUUAGCCCCUUAUAUCUUGAUCUGUAAUGGCUUUAGAGGACUAUGGGAUGGAAUCUCAUGACUGUCUUCACCUCCUUUUUUGCAUCUCUGGGUGUGCUUCUCUUUUUCGCAAGGGAUAUUGUGUAAGUUGAUCAGAAAAAUGUCAUUAAAUAUAAAGAGAGCGGGUCUGCUCCGGAAUUAAUAAGCAUGGUAGUUAUCAGCU